AUGACUCCCUGCUGUGCCAUACCAAAAGCCGAAGAAUCAAACCUCCAUCAAAAUAAAAAUGUAGAUCCGAUUCAAGGAAAUGAAUUAAUUUCAAACGCAGUUCAACAUCUUACAACUCAAGUACCAAGACAUAGAUUAACGAUUGAACAAGAAAAAGUCUUAUUGAAAAGGUUUUCUAUACAAGAAUAUUUAAGUAAAAGAGAAAUGGAAGAACUCGCUGAGAGUUUAAAGAUUCCUACUAGUCAAUUGAGAACUUGGUUUGGAAACCGGUGCUCAAAGCUCAAAACAGCUGCAAGACAACCGGCUGAAUUAGAAGCAGGAAUGGGUCAUUUAACUUGGAAAUUUGAAUAA